AUGCGCAUUAUCAAUGGUUCGACAGCACAGGCUCCUAGUGAGGUCAAAGUUAAGUGGCCUAAGCUUAAUACAACGAUCACGGUGAAGAUUAAUGAUGCGAACCCAACACUGGUUGGUUUACUUGGCACUGCCUUACCAUAUCGCUCCCUCCAAACCCAUGCCGUUGUUGCCGGCGACCAGCUAUAUCACUUGGUUCCAUUAGAAGAGCUGAUCUAUACGCCUGCCGAUAAGAAGGCCCCUGAUAGAGCCAAAGAGCCUGAUGGCUCGGUAUUCAUCUCGUCAUUCCAGCACUUUGUGAUCAAGUAUGGCGAGGUAACCGAGCACCAGCCGGUGGCUACGUGCGGGAGGGUUAUUGAUCAAGACAUGGAUAAACUGCGUUGGGUUGCGGAUGAAGUGUGGAAAUGUCAGUGUGAAACCACAAAACACCCCAUCGAGGUGGUUCUCUGGGAUGCUUCAAAACCUGAGCCUGAUCCCAAUGAACUGGACUUAUUCAAACAUCAGAGGGCUGGUGUGAGUAAGGAGGUAAGGAAUCUCGUUGAGGAGAUUCAUACCGAGACGCAAAAGUGUUGGUCAGAUAUUUCAGAUGACAUUGAGGAAAUUCACUAUGGUAAUGCGCCAGAAAAGCCCGGGUCAAAAGAUUCAUACUUUGGUCCCAUGUUGUUCUCUAACAGUGUGGUGCGAACGCUCGGUUACCAUGUUAUCGAUAACAUCAUUAAGCUGGCGUUUACCCGUCCAGAAUUUACCCUGGGGCAUCUUAUCGCGCUUUUCCGAGACUUUGUUCCAUCGAUAGCCGAUUUUGUUGGUCAUCUAGGAGCGGAAUAUGUCAAUGACAUUCACGAGAGGAUUGACAAAUUGAUCAAAGAGAAGGUUGAGAAGAACCCUAACAAGGAGGAGGCACGUGAGGUCUUCCUUGCAAUGAUCAGCGCUUUUAGUUUCUACGUCAAUCUCCUUAACGCCCAAAAUCUCCAUAUGUUUCCCUGGAGACAUGCAAAAGAAUAUCCUAUUCCUUCAUAG